AUGGCAGGGGACUUCAAUGAGAUUAUGUGCAAUGCUGAUAAGUCAGGAGGGGUUUCUAGGGCAACUGCACCGAUGAGAAGAUUCAGAGAGACUAUGAGUAAUUGUGAUCUACUUGAUAUGGGUUUUGUAGGGAGCCGUUUUACCUGGUCAAACAAAUACACCAAGGAAAGGUUAGACAGGGCUUUCCAAUCCCUUUCAUGGAGUAACAAUUUCCCGUUUAGCAGAGUGGUUACACUCAGUCCUUCUGAGUCUGACCACUGUCCUAUUCUGGUAGAGGUAAAGAAGGAUCAAGGCACGAUUAGAAGAGCACAGAAAAGAUUCCGCUUUGAGGAGAUGUGGCAUGGUAAUGAGCAUUGUGCAUCAAUAAUCCAACAGAAUUGGUCUCAACCUCUCACAGGUAAUGCUUUACAUCAAUUGGGGAGGAAAAUUCAGAGUACAGGUGAACAACUUCUUCACUGGCAUCAAAAUGAGUUUGAAAAGCAAAAGGUUGAAUUAUGUGUUGUGCAAGAAAAAUUAAAUGAUAUCAUGAAGGAACCCUAUUCCCCUUUGCAGUAUGAGGAACAACAUCUGUUACAUGUAAAACUCAGUCAGAUUUUAGCACAACAGGAGAAAUACUGGAGGCAGAGGUCCCGUGCUAUAUGGCUCAAGGAUGGGGAUCGUAACUCCGCUUUUUUCCAUAGGAAGGCUUCUAACAGAAGAAUCCGAAACACCAUUAAGGGUUUGGUGAACAGUGCAGGUGAAUGGCAGUUUGACCCAGAGACUAUAAAGAGUAUAUUGAUGGACUAUUAUAGAGGAAUUUUUCGUACUGAUGAUGUAGAUGAUUCUGCCCUUGUGGAGAUUCUCAAUGCCACUCCGGUGAAGAAAAACAAACGCCAAAAGAAAUAG